AUGGGAGGCAACUCUCCACCGUCGCCGGCUGCCCCAUCGCCUCUUCGAAAUGCAGCUUCAUCCACAGCCUGGUGUGAUGCCACAGGUCAACCUCCUCCAAAUGACAUUCCAAGUUGGCUCCGGGAAGCUCUCCACGUGGCCCGUGCCACCAUGGUGGAGGCUGUCGAGAGGCAGCACGACAUCAUACUGCAGGAGAUCGCCCUCAAGCUGGAGGACUCCGCAACAAGAACACACUUGCCGCUUCCUGGCCAACCUGCUGCGCCCGCUCGAAGCCAGAGUGGUGACCAGACUCUCUACAGUGCCAAGGACUCUGCCGAAGGAUAUCUCCCCAGGACGCUGUCCGAAGCGAACAACAGGCCCCAGAUGUCUCAGAACUCCGACAGGGCAAUGAAGGGGACCUCAACAACCAAGAACUCCGCCUUCAUAGCAGCGAUACAGAGACGCGGUGGCCGGCCCAGCAAGUUGUCUGAAAUUCUCGCGCGGCCGGCUUGGCACCCAGGACGUUGGGUGUCCAGUACACAGUUUGAUGUUUUUUUUUGCCUCCUGAUUCUGCUCAAUACCUUGGUGAUGGGCCUCGAGUUGCAGUAUGAUGGGAUGCAGAGAGGCUACGAGCUUGGUUAUCCAAGUUUUAACUCGCCUGCAAGCGAAUUGUGGCCUCACGCAGAAGCAGCUUUCGCGGCUCUCGAUGUGAUGUUCGGCAUUGCUUACCUUAUUGAAAUCUUGGUUCGGAUUGCUGGAACCAGGAAGUCUUUCUUCCGCGAUGCUACCAACUGGUUUGACACCUCACUGGUUAUGCUCUGGUUGGCAGAUCUUUUCCUAAGCCAGCACAUGCCUCUGGAUUCUGGCAUGGUCAGAUCAUUGCGAUUGGCGAGGGUUCUUCGCCUUGUCAGACUUAUGAGAACGAUGCAAGGUUUCGAUGCCUUGUACAUCAUGACAACUGCUAUGUAUGGGAGCUUGGUCGUGUUAUUUUGGUCGUUCAUGCUCCUCCUGCUCGUUCAGACGACGAUUGCUUUUUGCUUGACCCAGAUUCUGGGAGGCUUCUUUCAUGCUGUCGAUGUGCCUGUUUCGCAGAAGAUAGAGAUCUUUCAGUACUUCGGUACUGCAUCUCGAGCUAUGUUCACCAUGUUCGAGCUUACCUUAGCGAACUGGACGAUUGUUGGACGAAGCCUGCAAGAGAACGUGUCUGAAUACUUUGCGAUCUUCAACGUCGCGUACAAGUUGGUCGUUGGGUUUGCUGCCGUCGGCAUUAUCAACGCAGUGUUUAUGCAGGAGACGUUCAAAGUGGCCUCAUCCGACGACAAUGUCAUGAUGCGGCAGAAGGAGCGAGAUUUGCGACUGCACACAAAGAAGAUGAAGACUCUGUUCGAGGCAGCUGAUGAGUCUGGUGAUGGAGUCAUUGACCUUGGCGAGUUUAGAAAGAUUUUCGAGCUGGAAGAGAUCAGGACCUGGCUGUCUGCUCAAGACCUACCGGUUUCGAAUCCAGACCUCCUCUUCAAACUUUUGGACGACGGUGAUGGCGGGCUAACAGCCGAGGAGUUGGUGAAGGGCGUCGAUCGCCUGAAGGGCUCCGCCAAGGGGAUGGACUUGGAAGCCUUUGUCAUGGAACACCGUGCCUUGUACUGA